AUGGUCUAUCACAAAUCAAGGACACCAACAGGCAUUGCAUUGCGAUUGGUCAUAAUCUGCUUGUUAUCAAUGGCUGGGCAUUCCUUAGCAUUUUCAGCCCGUCCUCAGCCAGUAGCAGUAUUCCGACAUUAUUUGCCUACUUUUUCAUCUUCCUCUUCGGUAUCAUCAAUGCCAUGCAUCCGAGCCAGUCCACAAGCAACGUCACGACUGUCACCACUGUCAUCACUGUCACCAAUUACAACCAAAAGACACUACUCCACAUCACUCCAAGCUUCUCCUAUUUCUUCCAGCAUCAGUGACGACGACGACGAGGAAGGCGAACCAAACAUUUUGGAGAAAUUCGCAUCCCUGUUCAGCACCAAGGCCGCCACCAAGGUUUCUCAGAAAUACCAAAAGAUUGCCCCCAUUACACAAAAGACGGGUCUCUUGACCUUGUUUCGAGUGGGAAUUCCUUCCAUCUUGAGUGGCAUCCUUGCCUUUUAUGCCUUCCCGGCAUUGUCCUUGUGGCUCUGCAGCUUUUGGAAUGACGCGGGGGUCUUUGCCGUCCUGAGCCAAGAUUCGUCUCAGUUUGUGCAAAACUUUUUGACCGUCGCCGGAUUGUUGUUUAGCAUUUUGGUGGGUCAGACGUACUACUUCAUGUACCAGCAACAAGAAAUGGUGUACUAUGCCUUGUUUAGUGAAGUCACCGAAGCGAAAUCACUAUUGGAACAAGUGGCGUUGGUCUGUCAAGGCCGUACCAUGUAUCCCAAGGUUCUGUCGGCCAUUAGCAAAUAUGUCAAGACGGAUUUGAAAAAACUGUCAGCGGAUCCGGCUGUACUACUGAGUGCCCGUCCCGUAGACGAUCCUUUGGAGACCAUCAUGUACCUGACCAGCGUCGGAGUGCCAGGAACCGUCUACGAUACCGUCCGAUCGCUACGACAAGCUCGAGCGCAACGCUUGGGAGCCUUGCAACGCAAAUUGCCGACGGUGCACAUGUUACUCUUGUGGAUUUUGGCUGCCAUUGAAUUGGUCAGCUUCCCCUUGUUGGGAGCGGGUACUCAGAGUAUUGGUGGAUACAAUAUCUUGACCAUUGAAGGAUGCUUGUUUGGAGUCAUGACUGCCAGUAUCGUAUUGACCUUGAGGGUGGUUGCUGAAUUGUGGAGACCCGCUGGUGGUGCCUACAAUGUGGACAAGGUAUUAAAGACCAUGGUGUCAGGAUUGGAAGAAGAACUAAAAGCUCGAAUGAGUGGAAAGAAGUUGGAUAACAUGAAGGAAAGCUACCCCAGUCCAGCCAAGACCAUUGAUGGAGACUACCUGGGACGAGCUAGCGAUCGUAUUUCGAAGCAGAAUCCAUAG